AAUGAAUUUGAUAAACUUGAGUUUGACAAUCUAUUUGUGUCAGGAAUCAUUUACCUACCUUCACUACCAUGGCUUAAUGAGCUUCUUUCAUCAAAAGAUACCAUAGAGCUAAAGAAUAAUUCAAGCUUCACACACCAACUAUCUGAUGAUGAUUGGUGGUUACCUUAUUUCAAAAAAAUUCAAACAAAAAAUAAAGAUCUGAUAUUUAAAGAUCAAGAACCAUUCUCUAUAUUCUGUCAAAGAAUUUUAGAGUUGGUGGAAACUGGGAUGUAUAACGAACCUGAUCCUUUACUGAAUGAAGAAACUUGGUGGCAUGAUACAUAUGAUACAUUAAAAUAUCUUCUUGACCCAUUGAUAAGCCAAAAUGCUAUUCAAAAAAAAGAUUACAUCUUAAAGGCAGAAGCAACCUUAGAAGCAUCUUCAGAAAGAAAGAGAAAAGCUCAA